CCCUCCCCAACCUUUGCGCAGCAUUUCUUUUCCCUCUCCGAGUUUGUGCUUAUCGGAUCAAGCCCCGGGGAGAUCCAAAUCCCGUCCUAGCAGGUGCAAUGGGUAAGCCACCAACUAAACAUUCCAGCGAGGGCGAGAACAACUCAGUCAAGUAUGCCGCUUCAUCUAUGCAAGGCAUUGCUGCUGAAAUGGAAGAUGCCCACACAAUCAUCUUGCAAGAAAAUGGAAUCUCAGAGUCGUUCUUUGGUGUUUAUGAUGGCCAUGGAGGAGCUGAAGUAGCAUUGUAUUGUUCGAGGCAAUUUCAUAUUGAGCUUAGAUACCAUCCAUCCUAUCGCAACAAUCUGCCUGCUGCAAUGAAGGGAGCCUGUUCCAGAAUUGAUGCGAAGUUGAAACAAUCAGAUGACUGGAGGACGAACGCUUAUCCUCCUGGCACUAGAAAGUUGAUAAAGCAUCUCAGUAGUGGUGUUCGUGCUGUUAAGUGGCCCUGGAAGACACCUUAUCUUGGCCCCCUACAGGAGGGAAGCACAGCAUGCGUGACUGUUGUUAGAGACAACCAAAUUAUUGUUGGAAACAUUGGUGAUACCCGCUGUGUACUCUCAAUGGGAGGUGAAGGUCAAGUUGAUGAGGUAUGCGACAUUACCACCGACCACAAGCCACAUGACGAAGCUGAAGAAAAGAGAAUAGUUUUGGCAGGAGGAAAGGUAUACAAGGACGAGUUCCCAAAUGCAGCACUGAAGGAUUUGGGAAUCUAUCGCAUCAACGGAAAAUUACACAUAUCUAGAGCGAUUGGUUAUUUUGAAUUUAAGCAGAGCAAAACUUUGGAUGAUUCACAACAAAUGGUGACAUCUAAUCUUGACACUUUCGUUGUGAAAAAAAAUGAUAGUAUGGAAUUUCUUCUGACAGCUAGUCGUGGUAUCUGGAGUAUCAUGACUAGUCAGGAGGCGGUUGAAUCUGUACGCACGUCCUUGCAAUCUGGGAAAAGUCUGCGAGUCAGUUGUGAGGAACUUCUGGAUGAAUGCAUGAGGCUGGGAUCAAAGGAGAAUUUGACGGUGAUCUUGAUCCAGUUCAAGUCUGACAGACAUAGUGGAUCUCAGGCCGAGUUUGACCCGGAUAUAAAAGGUGGAUCUCAGGACGAGUUUAACCCGGAGAUUAAAGGUGGAUCUCAGGCCGAGUUUGACCAGGAGAUUAAAGAAGAGCACAACAGUGGAGGUGGUGCAUACCAACAGAAGACCAGCCAAGUCGACCACCCUGAAGAUAAGAAAAAUAAAACUAAUGCAGGUAAAGGCAAGCAUGUAGCAUGCUUUGGGAUCGAGGGCAAGGCAUCCGUCUCUGAUAAAGGGUCCAAAGGGUGCUUCAACAUGAAGGGACUCGAUGGUUUCAAAGGAUGCUUCCAGGGUCGGUUGAACUAUGAGAAAGGGGAAAGCCACAAGGGGAGUAAACCACCUCCAUUAGCGGAAAGCCCUAAGAAGAGUCCACCUCCAUCAGCAAAAAGCCUUAAGAGGAGCGUCUCAUCGUCAUCAGCGGAGAGCUGAGCAGUUGCUCCUAAUACGUUGUUGUAGAUUUUGCAUAAGAGCCACUUGGAUUCACGCACUCUAUUUUCUUGCUGUUUUGAUUUUGGAGAUGUCUAAUGGGGUAUGUAUGCUUUACUGCCUUCAUGAUCUUGCAUGCUAUGCAUUGCAGUAGCGUUAUGAUAUUUUCUUGUUUGUUCUGCAUUUCAUAUGAAGACGUUGGACAGUAAUCAGGCACUCCUAUAUGAUACCAGUUUUUAUUAAUGGGCCUUCACUUGGA